GGUUACGUAGGCCACGUGUGCACCUGAGUAGCGUGAUGACAAGGUAUAUUAUUAACCCACGUAUAACUCGGAGGAACAUAAACUGCUUUAUUAUACGUUGGUUUUAAACUUUCGGAUAUGCAUCCAUUUUUAUCAUAUUUUACAUUAAUAUUUAUUCUAGUACAGUUUAAUCAUGUUUUAAGAGCAGGGUCCCAGGAAAACGAUGAGUUGGAAGUGGACGUUUUGAAAAAACCUGACAAAUGUGAUAAAACAACUAAAAAAGGCGAUCUUCUAUCUAUGCAUUAUAGAGGUACCUUAGAUGACGGAACAGAGUUUGAUUCAAGUUACACCCGAAAAGAACCAUUCCAGUUUCAACUUGGAAUUAGUCAAGUCAUUAAAGGUUGGGAUGAAGGCCUGGUAGACAUGUGUGUCGGAGAAAAAAGAAGAUUAACAAUACCUCCUCACAUGGGUUAUGGAGACUCAGGAGCAGGAGAGAAGAUUCCUCCCAAAGCCACACUUAUAUUUGAAGUAGAACUUUUGGAAAUACAAGAUGGACCACCACCUGUCAACGUGUUCAAGGAAAUAGACAGUAAUGCAGAUCAACAGCUCUCACGUGAUGAAAUAAGUGAUUACCUGAAGAAACAACUGCCAGAAGCUGAAGCAGCAGGAAUUAAGGACCUUCCUGAACAAGGCAAGAUUGUUGAGGAGAUCUUUCAACAUGAAGAUAAGGAUAAGAAUGGUUUUAUCUCACAUGAAGAAUUCAGUGGGCCUAAACAUGAUGAACUGUAAGCACUUUAUAGUAAUAGUGUUACUUUGUACUACUUACUUCACCAGAUGCACUUAGUUAUUUCAUGUAAUAACACGUUAGGUCAUAUAUUUUAAUAAGAUGUUCUUGGUAAUGGAGGAGUGAAAAACUAUCAGCACACAUAAAAAAGUACUGUAUCUUUAUUUAUAAAGAAAACUUCAAGAAAUAAACAGAAAAUAAGUGAAAGCAAACUG